GAGAGACUCUCAGCCAGGAACAUGGGGACGCUCUUUCUCCUCUUAUUCACACUGGAGCGUUUUUCUGCUUUGAGUGGCUUUCUGAUCGCACACACUACUAAAGGCUUGUGUCUGAGCGCGCAUGUGAGUGUGGUGGUGCUGAGGAUGUGUGAUGAGAGCGACCCGUCUCAGCAGUGGAUCUGGACCGGCGACAGGAGACUCAACCACACGCUGCUGUCCCGGUGCCUGUGGGCCAAUCAGAGCGCCGCCGUCCCGCACCACGCUCGUCUGGUCAAGCUCAGCGUCUGCCACACCGCACCCGCGUGGAUGUGCUACGACAGCCCAGGGGUCUUCGGACUGGCAGAGACGCCGCUGUUCCUGAAGAAGCAGGGUGUGCGGGUGGUGGUGCGCUCCAAGCAGAGCUACUCCAACUGGUCUAUGAUGACGGUGGACUCUGAGGGCCGACGGGUGACCGCGUCUCUCUGCGCCCACACAGGCCCAUCCACAGUGUCAACAGUGAUAUCCACAGGAGAAAUCACCACUCGGACAGUCCCUCUCAUGACCCAGCACACUGUCAGAAGCAGAAUGAAACGGACCACCACAACUGGUCUAGGUGAUCUGACGGCAUUCACAGCCGAAACAGACCUGAAGGAGAACUUCACUCAAAUGCUGGAGACAGAAUCACCCUAUGAGGACACUGAUGUGUCCUCCACUGCUCUGAUGGAGACCAGAACCCUUCAUGUACCUCAGAACUUUACCCAGAACAGGCUCUACGUGAGCUCAGAUAUUUCGAAGCAGACCCAUAACCCUCCGUUUUCUCAGAAGGGGUUGACACUCUCCACAACGGAUGCUGAGCCUUUAGUUUCCUCCGAUGCAAGCGCUGAAGCUCAGACCCCUCUAGAUUCUCACACAGGACCGUCGGAAGGUAACAGCAUCCGCACUGAAGCAGAUCGUGCAUCGACUGAGAGCUUACCAGUGUCAAACACAGAUGGCGCAUGGACAAAUGCCACAACCAGACACUCAAAGAUCACCAAAGACGUUCAGACCAUGUUGCCACUCAAAACCAGAACGACUCGAGCAAUUACUGAAGUUCUUACCAGUACAGAUACUAGAUCUGCUCCAGACAUUAGUUCUGCCAGAGCUAGAGCAAGUGCCACGACCUCUCUGACGGCCCCGCACACAUCUACACCUGCCCUGGACACAGACACAUUGAUAUCAGCGACUGCAACCACUGCUACAGCUGUAGAAAUGAGCAGAUCUCCCAUGGUACUCAUCAGCACUGGUGCACCCAGCACUAAAGAAUUAUCUCCUCCAGUGUCUACAGUCACUCAUUCAGUGUCUACAGUCACUCAUACAGCGUCUACAGUCACUCCUACAGCGUCUACAGUCACUCCUACAGCGUCUACAGUCACUCCUACAGCUUCUAGACUCCCUCCUAUAACGUCUACAGUCCCUCCUACAACAUCUACAUUCACUCCUCCAGCGUCUACAGUCACUCCUACAGCGUCUACAGUCACUCCUACAGCGUCUACAGUCACUCCUAUGGCGUCUACAGUCACUCCUCCAGUGUCUACAGUCACUCCUACAGCGUCUACAGUCACUCCUAUGGCGUCUACAGUCACUCCUCCGGUGUCUACAGUCACUCAUAUGGCGUCUACAGUCACUCCUCCGGUGUCCACAGUCACUUCUACGGUGUCUACAGUCACUCCUCCGGUGUCCACAGUCACUUCUACGGCGUCUACAGUCACUCCUCCGGUGUCCACAGUCACUUCUACGGUGUCUAUAGUCACUCCUCCAGUGUCCACAGUCACUUCUACGGUGUCUACAGUCACUCCUCCGGUGUCCACAGUCACUUCUACGGUGUCUACAGUCACUCCUCCGGUGUCCACAGUCACUUCUACGGCGUCUACAGUCACUCCUCCGGUGUCCACAGUCACUUCUACGGUGUCUACAGUCACUCCUCCGGUGUCCACAGUCACUUCUACGGCGUCUACAGUCACUCCUCCGGUGUCUACAGUCACUCCUCCGGUGUCUACAGUCACUCCUACGGCGUCUACAGUCACUCCUACAGCAGCCACUACAUCAACGUUUGAACCGACGGAGGCCGUCAGGUGUCUGGUGAACGUAACCGCAGCCAGUAUUCAUAUGGAUUAUUGUGUAAUCAAUUUCACAACACCUGGAAAAUCCUGCAGCUUCAUCAUGACGGAUGCUUCUCACUUCACAAGCUGUUCUGAAGACGCGGAGAGACCGCACCGGUACACAUGCCGGAUAGUGGGUCUGAUUCCCGGUGAGACCUAUGUGUUUGAGAUCAUUUCUGCGACGGACGGCGCUCGCUUAAACAUCACAGUUCAAACCGAUCCUGCUCCUGUCACAUCAUUGACUCUGCAGAGUAACGGCAGCCAGGACUCUCUCGAAGCCUUCUGGACUCCUGCAGUUGGACACAUGGAGAGCUACCAGCUGUGUCUGUCUCACUCAGGCUCCUUUGACCCGGCCUUCACCCUUCCUCCAGACGCUUCUCACUGGCUCUUCAGUGGCCUGACACCCGGACAGGUUUAUCAGGUGUCGGUGAAGACGAAGAGUGGAGAACGAACAGCUGAGAGCAGGACGACUGCAAGAACAGCUCCUGGACAGGCGGAUCAUCUGAAGCUGGAGGCUCUGAAUGAGAAGCUCCUGCGCUUGUCCUGGUCUCCUCCUGACGGCAGCUGGGAUGUCUACCGGAUCCUGUUGUUCAACGGCUCGUCUGUGCUGACGAACCGCACCGCUGACAGGAGUGUGCUGGAGCUCAGCUUCACGAACUGGACUCUGGUUCCGGGCCGGCUGUACCGGGCGUCCGUCAGUGUGGAGAGCGGAGGUCUGAGCUCGACCGCAGACUGCCACGGGAGACUAGCUCCCCGACCCGUCCAGUCGCUGACUCUCCGUCACAGUAGCGAGACGUCUCUGAGCGCUGUGUGGACCCGUCCUGUGGGCGAGUGGGACGACUACACCGUCCUGCUGAGGGACGCAGACUCCACGGUGGACAGAAGGACAUUAGCUGGAGACGUGCAGCAGUGCAGCUUUAGCAGCCUGACGCCUGGACACACCUACACCAUCACAGUCACCACCAAUAGUGGAGCUCUGAGUAGCUCCGCCCACGUCACAGGAACAACCAUGCCUGCACAGGUCACACACCUGCGGGUCAGUAAUGAGGGCCGCACAGACGCGCUGCAGGUGCGCUGGGACGCGGCGGUCGGAGAGGUGGAUCUGUACCGCGUGCUCCUCAUCCACGACAGCGUGGUCAUGAAGAACGAGAGCGUGCCGCCCAACGUCAGCUCCGUCCACUUCCAGGGCCUGAGGUGUGGCGCCCUCUACAGGACAGUGGUGACCACUGCGCUCGGCAGCGCCCUCUCACGCCAGACCGUGGCUGAUGGACGCACAGUUCCAGCCGCUGUGAGAGACGUGACGGUGAGCAACAACGGGCGCAUGGACUUCCUCAGCGUGUCGUGGAGAGCCGCUGAUGGAGACGUGGACAACUACUCUGUGACUCUGAGAGAUCAGGACAGAACCGUUCACACACUCACUGUGUCUAAGCUCAGCACAGAGUGUGUGUUCAAGUCUCUGGUGUCUGGACGUCUCUACAGCAUCUCCAUCGCCAGCCGCAGUGGAGAGUUUGAAAACCACACCGUGGUCCAGGGGCGCACACAACCCUCCACAGUGUUGAACCCUACGGCCACACACAUGGCUCGUGACGACCAUCUGAAGGUUUACUGGCGCCACGCGGCCGGAGACUUCGACUACUAUCAUGUCUCCAUCAAGCAUAACAAUAUCUUCCACCAGAACAAGACGGUCCCCAAGACUCAGAACGAGUGUGUGUUCAGCGGGCUGGUGCCAGGCCGACUCUAUACUGUGAUUGUCAGUACAUGGAGUGGGAAAUAUGAGUCCAGUGUCUCAACUCACGGAAGGACAUUGCCAGCAGGAGUGUGGAACCUCUCGCUAGCUGACAGCGGCACUGAGGAUCUGCUGGUGACGUGGGGUUCUCCUCCCGGAGAUGUGGAUCAUUAUGAGGUUCAGCUGCUCUUUAAUGACAUGAAGGUGUUUCCACCCAUCACACUGACCAGCAGCACGAACAGAUACCUGCUCUCUUCACUCACUCCUGGAAGACUCUACAAGAUCGUGGUGUCCACCUUCAGUGGGCCAAACCUCAGUGUGCAGGUCAUCAAAGGCAGAACUGUUCCCAGUAAAGUGAAGAACAUUCACAUCAGUAAUGGCGGUGAGAGCAGCAGCCUGAGAGUGAACUGGACGCCGGGACAGGGGGAUGUGGACCGGUACACUGUGUCCCUCUCUCAGAUGGGCGGCCCGGCUGAAGAGAGAUCAGUCCCUAAACAUGUGACUGAGAUGAGUUUCCAGGGGCUGUUGCCGGGACAGCAGUACAUGAUAACCGUUACAUCUAUUAGCGGAUCUCUGAUCAACAACAGCACAGAAACCGGACGAACAGUUCCCUCCGCGGUGCGGGCUCUACGGGUGGAGACCCAGCGCAGCUCGGCGGCUCUGCUGGUGUCCUGGCAGCCGGCUCCAGGGGUGUACGACAGCUACCGGCUGCAGGUCCUGGAUGACAGAGGAACGCUGGUGGCUAAUAACUCUCAGACCGCAGAAUCCAGUCAGCAUUACCUCCGACAGCUGACGCCGGGGAAGAAGUACCGCAUCCGGAUGCAGACCGUCAGCGGAGGAGUCAGCAGCGACGAUGCCGUGGCUGAGGGCAGAACCUGUCCAGCUUCUGUUAAUGAGCUGUCGGUCUUCAGCAACACCACCACAAGCCUGUCGUUCCGCUGGGCUCCGCCGGACGGGGAGUUUGAGGGGUUUGAUGUUCUUCUGUAUAACGGAGAUGAAAGCUUGCAUGAUCAGAAACCAGGACUGGCGAGCAUGCGGGACUGCUCUUUCCAUGACCUUCGACCCGGGGCGCCGUACAAGGUGGUGGUUCUGACCCGCAGUGGAGAUCAGACCAACGACACAUCACUCUGGGCCCGGACAGUGCCCGCGGCUGUGUCGUUCUUGCGUGCGGACAGCAGGAGAAGCUCUGAGAGCCUGUGGUUGAGCUGGAAGCAGGCGGGGGGUGAAGUGAGCCGCUACACUCUCCUGAUCUACAACCCCGACGGGACUCCUCACGCUCAGCACAGUCUGGCCGAGAGCCGGAGUCAUCAGUUUCAGGGCCUGGUGUCUGGGCGACUCUACCGGGCGGUGGUCCUGACACACAGUGGAGAUCUCUCUAACAUGGCAGCUACUGACGGCAGGACGGACCCUAGGCCUCCGGUCUCAUUCUCCUUUGGGGAAAUCACAAACACCUCACUGGAGAUGACCUGGAGCGGUCCAGAACACACUGAUUAUGAUGACUUCGACCUUCAGUGGAUCCCCAGGGACUCUCUGUCCGUGUUCAACCCCUACCAGAGCCCCACAUCCGGCAGCCGGAUCCUUAAGGGCAUGUUCCCUGGCCGGCGGUACAACAUCAGCCUGCGUACGGUCAGCGGCGCUGGAUCCCACAACCCCAGCUACAGCCGUCCCAUCGACAGCAGCAUCAGGACAAGGCCCGUGCGUGUCCAGGACCUGCACUGCCGUCCGCAGAACUCCUCCGCCAUCGCCUGUUCCUGGACUCCUCCAGAAGCCGACUUCGACUCCUACACCAUCGAGUGCUCCCGAAAGGACUCGCAGAGAAUGGUGUACUCGCGGCGCACGCUCAAAGAAAACACCGUCUAUCUGAUCAAAGAUCUGGAGCCUCACAAACACUACAUGGUCUCUGUCAAAGUCAUCUCUGACAGCAUGACCAGUGAGGCGGUCGUGGAGAAUGUGGUGACGAUGAUUGACCGUCCACCUCUGCCCUUCACUCGAGUUGAGGAGAACACAGUUCAGAUCACCAAGUCCACCAUAUUCUUCCAGUUCAACUGCAGCUGGUUCAGUGACAUCAACGGCGCGGUGAAAUUCUUCACCAUCAUUGUCACCGAAUCUGAUGACAGUGUAAACCAGCAGCCAGACCAGCAUCAUCCUCUUCCAUCAUACCUGGACUACCGGUCCAACAGCUCUGUCAAAGCGUAUCAGACCAGCUUCAUCCGCAGCCACUGUGACGAAAGCCAGAGCUCUACACAGGAGAUAGAGGUCCAUCUGGGGUCAGGCAUGGAGAGUCUAGGAGGACGGUGCGAUCAGAAACCACUGGCCAGUGCAACUCAGGGUCAGCUUUUCUUCUGCGAUGGGCCACUGAAACCCAAGACUUCAUACAGACUCAGCGUUCGAGCGUUUACCAAACUUUUUGAUGAGGACCACGAAGAGUUUCUCUCUCCGCUCUUCACGGAUACGUACCUGUCCCAGCCCUUCGUGACAGACGCAGAGCCGCUGAGUGGGGUCAUCGAAGGGGUUAGCGCUGGACUCUUCCUCAUCGCCACCAUGGUGGGAUUAAUUGUCCUGCUGAUCUGCAGGCAGAAAGUCCACAAAAUGAGUGCACAAGAGCCUGUGGUCAGAAUGAGUCUGAGAAGAGAAAGACUGUCUUCAGUAACACACGUCACCGCCAGAGGGAACCGGCGUGUCUCGAGCCCCAUCAGCACCUCUAACUUUGAGGCCCAUUUAACUAAACUUCGAGCAGACUCCAACUACCUCCUUUCUGAGGAAUAUGAGGACCUGAAGGACGUUGGUCGUAACCAGCCUCAAGACUCGGCGUUAUUGCCUGAAAACAGAGGCAAAAACCGCUACAACAAUAUACUGCCUUAUGAUUCCACGCGAGUGAAGCUGUCCUAUGUUGACGACGACUCCUGCUCAGAUUAUAUCAACGCCAGCUAUAUUCCUGGCAAUAACUUCCGGCGGGAGUACAUCGCGACCCAGGGACCUUUACCCGGCACUAAAGACGACUUCUGGAAGAUGGUGUGGGAGCAGAACGUGCACAACAUCGUGAUGGUGACGCAGUGUGUUGAGAAGGGACGGGUGAAGUGUGACCACUACUGGCCGUUCGACCAGGAGCCGCUGUACUACGGAGAUCUGAUCGUCCAGAUGCAGUCGGAGUCUGUGCUGCCGGAGUGGACCAUCCGAGAGUUCAAGAUCUGUAAUGAGGAACACCUCAGCUACUCCAGGGUGGUGCGUCAGUUCCAUUACACUGUGUGGCCGGAUCACGGAGUGCCAGAGAUCACGCAGUCCCUCAUUCAGUUCGUGCGGACCGUGAGAGACUACAUCAACCGCUCACCCUUCUCUGGAGCCACUGUAGUGCACUGCAGUGCUGGAGUGGGCCGCACCGGGACCUUCAUCGCCCUGGACAGAGUCCUUCAGCAGCUCGACACCAGGGACACGGUGGACAUCUACAGCUCUGUGUUCGACCUGAGGCUUCAUCGCACACAUAUGGUGCAGACAGAGUGCCAGUACUCGUAUCUCUACCAGUGUGUGCGAGACGUGCUGCGUGCCAGAAAACUGCGCAGUGAACAAGAAAACCUCCUCUAUCCCAUCUAUGAGAAUGUGCAUCCGGAUCAGCAUAGAGAUGGGAUCUACUCCAAGCGCUGAUCUGACACUGGAGAAAAAAGGGGCCAAACACUUUAAUGUCAAACUUGCAUGUAAAAAUCUGAAAUUAAUUUUAUAUGAAGGUAAUGCUAUGUAACUAGAUGUAACAGAAUUAUAUCAUGUACAUAUAUUAUUCAAUAUUAAUUCAGAGUUUAUGCUAAACUUGCUUAAUAUAAUAUGCAUCACUAAUUAAAAGCUUAUUUUAUAUGAAUAAACAUAUUCUGAAACAACA